UUCAAUGGUAGCCGCGAAUAUUCUGUGAGUCGUCGUCAAUCAGUCCUUUGGUCCAGACGGGUGGGGUACACCCAUGUGGAUUGGAUUUGGAGCCAACUUAUGGACUGGAUUGUGGUUGGUGGCCGGCUGGUCCAGCUGGUACCGUAUUUGCUACUGCUAGACCCAUCGAGUAACACAUGUGGGCUGGGCUGGCGACCUUCGGGAUAAGCCCAUCUACGAAUAGGCUGACCUUCCACUGACUGCCAACGUACGUUAACGUCUGAAAUAAUGUCUUGUCUCUCUAUUCCUUCUUCACUGUGGCGUCGCGUGUAUCACAGUUGCGACUCGCCAAUGUAUGUAUGUACGUAUCGACUACUGACUGACUGACUGACUCAGCUUGGAUCGGGAUUCCAGGCAUCACUUUAUCGCAAUUGCUUUUUGCUUACUUGCUGCCUAGAACUAGAAGAGCAGGAUUUAAACACCAAAAACACUUUCAUCAGCCCCUCCCUCUGCUCGUGUAUUGUAGCGCUCAAAGAGCGAGAUAGAGAGGGGAAAAAAAUAAACAGUAGUAAAUCGGAGUGGAAAUGGACGAUGGGAAAGGGUCGACGCUAGUUCAUCUUCUUGUCAUAGUCUUGAGCUUGACUGCAUUUGGAUUUGCAAUAGCUGCCGAACGACGCCGUAGCACUGGUGUUGAACGCAUAGAUGAAGCCACUAAUAAAACCUACUGUGUUUACAACUCCGAUGUUGCAACUGGGUACGGCGUUGGGGCUUUCUUGUUUCUCCUCUCGAGCGAGUCCCUGCUCAUGGGCGUCACAAGGUGCAUGUGCUUCGGAAGGCCUUUGACACCAGGAGGCAACCGAGCCUGGACCAUAAUCUAUUUCAUAUCUUCACUAAUCACUGCCCUCGUGGCAGAGGCAUGCCUAAUCGCCGGUGCAACUAAAAAUGCUUACCACACCAAAUACCGCGACAUGAUCUAUGCACAUAACUUUUCUUGCGACUCACUGAGGAAAGGUGUCUUCAUCGCUGGAGCUGUCUUUGUGGUUGCCAACAUGAUUCUGAACGUUUACUACUACAUGUAUUUCACUAAAGCUACUACUCAGACAAUGGUUCACAAAGCCAGUCGCGGAGGUUCAUCUGUCGGCAUGACCGGCAAAGGCGGCCGUGUAUAGAAUAGAAGAAUGUUUUGUAACUGCACUUGUAAUGUCUUAAGAAACUGUACUUGGCCUAAUUAAGCCACCGUGAGUUGCAACUUAUUAUUCCUGCAAUUGUGUGAAAAUUAAGUUUGUUUAUGCUUUUGUCAAGAGUAAUGAUGAGUCGAGUCAGCUCCA